AUGGACCUUAAAAAUGCUCACGCCCCAGAACAUCCAACAAAUAAUUGCAGGGUCAAAGCCUUUUCUUCGUUGACGAGGGAACAGCUUUCUUUGACAGCUUCGAAUAAUUUUACUGGAGACGAUCCGAGUGACGGUUUCAUUCACUACGUCAAUCAACAAGGCUCCGUUGAGCAGAAGCUGACCUUUGCAUCUGCCAACUCGGUAAUACUACCGUUGAUACAACUGAUGAGGAUGCCAGUACGGGCCGUGAUUCGGUCCAAAUCACCAGCAAACAGACAUUCGAUUCAAGCUUGUUCAUAUUCGACAUUCUUCACACACCAAACGGCUGUGGGACUUGGUAAGCAGAAGAAGAAAUCUACGCGGGGCUACUGGUGCGAAGAUGUGCGUAGGCCUGCUAUAUGGACUGCAGAUCCCUCGUCAUGGCCCAAGACUGGUGGGAUAGAUGUCCUCGAAGCGGUCAAUAGUGCAACCACGGGCAAUCAGACGACUUUACACACAAGCAACGGAUGCACCGUGCAUGCCAAGCGCAAGGAGUUGGGCAAGGUCUUGACCAGAGAUUGCUACAACGGAACAGACCAAAUGCAGGGUGCGGCGUCCAAGGGCCAGACGAUACUUUCGGGGAAGCACUCAACAACAAUUGUGGUGGUGUGA